AUGUGUGAUUUUGAGAAGAUGAAACAAGUGUUGCAUGGUUUCACAUAUUUGUAUGAAACAUCUGGAAAGUAUGGUACGGCGCAUAAGCAUCUGGUGCAGCUCAUCACCACACUCGGAAUUAUGCAGUCUCAUCUGUUUUGCUUGCGAUUCAUUCAGUUCGUCAAAGCUUACCAGCCUCAAGUUGAAAAAGAUGAACAAAUUUGCAUUACUGAAAAAUUGCCCGAAAAACGAGAAAAAGACCUAAUUGCAAGUUUAAUCAAGACGAUUAACAUAGCCUUGGCUCCGAUCGAUCUUCGAUUAUUGCAAGUGGAUGAUGAAUAUGAUGACGAUAACGAUUAUGUCGUUCUGAUCAACGACCAUCAGGAGAGUGAUCUGUUGCGAGAAGCUUCCGGAUUCACAACGACCGAUUUCUCACUAUUCCAUUUGUGGAUAAACGCUAUUUGCAAUAGUGAUAGUGGUGAAAUUUCCAAACAUGAUGCACUAUCAGCUGCAUCGGAC